CUGCCCGCCCGACCUGGCGGCGCAGUCUCGCGGGAUCGCUCAGCCCUCGCGCCCCGGGCCGCUCCGAGGCAGCUGGAGUCCCGACGCCUCCCGGAGCGCUCUCCGGGCGCGGUGGGCGCGCGUGGGCGGACGGCGGGAGCGCUUGACCCAGAACUCAUUUCAGGAAAAGAGCUUCUUCCUUCAAAAUGGCCAAAUAAUGAAAGAGGAAUCUGAACAUUUUAUUUUCGGAUGGAAAUCUGAGAAUGAAGAGAUCGAGCGAUUAAUCCAAGCCAUGUGCUAAAACCAGGAAGUUGAGGAAAAUGGAAAUGUUUACAUUCUUGUGGACGUGUGUUUUUCUACCCUUCGUAAGAGGGCACAGUCUUUUCACUUGUGAACCAAUCACUGUGCCCCGAUGUAUGAAAAUGGCCUACAACAUGACGUUUUUCCCUAAUUUGAUGAGACAUUAUGACCAGAGUACAGCUGCUGUGAAAAUGGAGCCCUUUCUUCCCCUUGCAAAUUUGGAAUGUUCACCAAACAUUGAAACUUUCCUUUGCAAAGCUUUCGUACCAGCAUGCACAGACCAAAUUAAUGUGGUUCCACCUUGUCGUAAGUUUUGUGAGAAAGUAUAUUCUGAUUGCAAAAAACUAAUCGACACUUUUGGUAUGCGAUGGCCUGAGGAACUUGAAUGUGACAGAUUGCAGUACUGUGAUGAGACUGUUCCUGUAACUUUUGAUCCACAUACACAGUUUCUUGGUCCUCAGAAGAACACAGAGCAAGUCCAGAGAGACAUUGGAUUUUGGUGUCCAAGGCAUCUUAAGACUUCUGCGGGACAAGGCUAUAAGUUUCUGGGGAUUGACCAGUGCGCGCCUCCAUGCCCUAACAUGUAUUUUAAAAGCGAUGAGCUAGAGUUUGCAAAAAGUUUUAUUGGAAUAGUUUCAAUAUUUUGUCUCUGUGCAACUCUGUUCACAUUCCUUACUUUCUUAAUUGACGUUAAAAGAUUCAGAUACCCAGAGAGACCAAUUAUAUAUUACUCCGUCUGCUACAGCAUUGUGUCCCUGAUGUACUUUAUCGGAUUCUUGUUAGGCGAUCGCACAGCCUGCAACAAGGCAGAUGAGAAGCUAGAACUCGGUAACACAGUAGUUCUGGGUUCUCAGAAUAAGGCUUGCACUGUUCUGUUUAUGUUUUUGUAUUUUUUCACAAUGGCUGGCACCGUGUGGUGGGUGAUUCUUACCAUUACAUGGUUCUUAGCUGCAGGAAGAAAAUGGAGUUGUGAAGCCAUUGAACAAAAAGCAGUGUGGUUUCAUGCUGUUGCAUGGGGAAUACCAGGUUUUCUGACUGUUAUGCUUCUUGCUAUGAACAAAGUUGAAGGAGACAACAUUAGUGGCGUUUGCUUUGUUGGCCUUUAUGACCUGGAUGCUUCUCGCUACUUUGUACUCUUGCCACUGUGCCUUUGUGUGUUUGUCGGGCUGUCUCUUCUUUUAGCUGGCAUUAUUUCCUUAAAUCAUGUUCGACAAGUUAUACAACAUGAUGGCCGGAACCAAGAGAAACUAAAGAAGUUUAUGAUUCGAAUUGGAGUCUUUAGUGGCCUGUAUCUUGUGCCACUGGUGACACUUCUGGGAUGUUACGUCUAUGAGCAGGUGAAUAGGAUCACCUGGGAGAUAACCUGGGUCUCUGACCACUGUCGUCAGUACCAUAUCCCGUGUCCUUAUCAGGCUAAAACAGAAACUCGACCAGAAUUGGCUUUAUUUAUGAUAAAAUAUCUGAUGACAUUAAUUGUUGGCAUCUCUGCCGUCUUCUGGGUUGGAAGCAAAAAGACAUGCACAGAAUGGGCUGGGUUUUUUAAACGAAAUCGUAAGAGAGAUCCAAUCAGUGAAAGUAGAAGAGUACUACAGGAGUCAUGUGAGUUCUUCUUAAAGCACAAUUCUAAAGUUAAGCACAAAAAGAAGCACUACAAACCAAGUUCGCACAAGCUGAAGGUGAUUUCCAAAUCCAUGGGAACCAGCACAGGUGCUACAGCCAAUCAUGGCACUUCUGCAGUGGCAAUCACUAACCACGAUUACUUAGGACAAGAAGCUUUGACAGAAAUACAAACCUCCCCUGAAACAUCAGUGAGAGAGGUGAGAGCAGAUGGAGCGAGCACCCCCAGAUCAAGAGAACAGGACUGUGGAGAGCCAGCCUCCCCAGCAGCAUCCAGCUCCCGACUCUGUGAGGAACAGGCUGACAGGAAAGGCCGGGCAGGCAAUGGGACUGAUAAGAUCAGCAUAUCUGAAAGUACACGGAGUGAAGGAAGGGUAACUCCAAAAAGUGAUGUUACUGAAACCGGCCCAGUGCAGAGCAGCAGCUUGCAGGUCCCAGGCUCUUCAGAACCCGGCAGCCUGAAAGGCUCCACAUCACUGCUCGUUCACUCAGCUUCAGGAGGUAGAAAAGAGCCUGGCACUGGAAGUCACUCUGAUACGUGAGAAGCAGGUUGUCCCGAUGCUGAGGAGUGGGUUCAUGUUACACUGGAAGUGACAGUACGCUGUCUUGUCCAUAUCACUGUUAUAUUCUUCUGCACUGACAGCUGCAUUGCCUACUGUUACGCUGGACACAAUAGAUUCCGAAAAUAAUAGAAUUCAUUUCACUCAGAGGUCAAUGAUGACAGUAUACCCAGAAAGCAGAAAUAUGCAGGUUAAUUAUUUUUUAAGUUGCGUGGGAGAAGGGAUUAGAGGAAUCUUCCUUUUCUAUUUAUGAAGAUUCUAUUCUUGUUAAAAGUAUUUUAAGAUGUACUAUAUGUUAUUUCACUUUUAUGGCAUAAAAUCAAGAUAUUUCCUUGCUAAAGUAUUUAAAACUUAUCUUUGUAUCUUUUUUAUAUAUUUGAAAAUAAGUCUAUAUGUAUUUGAACUUUUUUUUUAGAAUUCCUGGAAAAGCUAUUCAAAUAUUUUUAUGUUCUUCUGAUAUUUUAGCACUACUUUGGUAGCUUUUACACUGAGUUUCUAAGAAAAUUGAAAAAUAGUAUUCUUUUAUAGUAUAAAAAAUAACUGGCACCUGACACACUGGAAAGUGUUAUAACAGAAAUUCAACUUUAAAAAUCCAUUUAUUCCGCUUCAUCAUCUUCCCUGUGUGAAUUUUAUAAAGUCUUGUUUUAGGAAUUUUAUACAUCUGUUAUGCCACUAAAAUAAGGUGCUUGAUCUCCAGUGUUGAUUGUAUUAUGCUGCUCAUUGAUCGUUCUACAUUUUUAAAUAAUAUGUCCUGAAGGAUUAGAUGAAAUGUUACUCUUUUAAGCCAAGUGCAAUUGAUUUCCUUUAAAAAAAAAACUGUUUUGUGACCACUCAAGAUUGUAUUUGUAAGAUUUAUAGUUGCUAUCCCUUUAACUAUUUUUUUAACAUUUAGAAUACUGAAAUUUAUACAGUAUCUUUCUCAGACAUUAUGUGGAAUUCAUUUCUGCACUUAAAUAGGGUUUGCUGAACAUUUAAAAGUGUGUUAAAAAAUAUGUUAGCAAUAUUAGUGCCAGCCAAAUGGGGAAAAAAUGUAGUCCUGAUAAACAAAAUAUAUUUUAUAUAACAUACUUUAAAAUAUUAAAGAAUUUUCUUAAUUUUAUUUCCAAUUAAGUGUUAUACCUUGAAGAAUGGUUUCUAAUGCUUUGGGUUUUUUUCCUCUAUUUAGCAUAAGAAGAAGAUUAUCAUGUACUGUAUGGAAAAUGUAAAUACUAAGUUUUUGGCAUUUUUGAACUUUGUAUACAAAAACAUUGUAUGAGCUUUCCAGUAAUAAAAUUCUCUCUGUGUAAGA